CGCCUGUGGCAUAAGGAGGUUCCCAGGCUAGGGGUCUAAUAGGAGCUGUAGCCACCGGCCUAUGCCAGAGCCACAGCAAUGCGGGAUCCAAGCUGCAUCUGCAGCCCACACCACAGCUCACGGCAACGCCGGAUCCUUAACCCACUGAGCAAGGUCAGGGAUUGAACCGCAAACUCAUGCUUCCUAGUCGGAUUCGUUAACCACUGAGCCACGACGGGAACUCCACCUCCUACACUGAGUCAGAGUUUAAACCUAUCUCCCCAUUUCUGGCCUCAUAGUCUACAUCUGACAAACUGUUCUUGCUUUUGAAUGAGACAUCUGUCCAUCAUACCAUGCCACUGUCAGAGACCUGAAAGAUGCCACACCCUUUACCAGAUGGUGGAUAGGCUGGCUUUCAUUCUGAAUUUCUUUAAUCAUGUUGAAUGUUAUCUGCUAUGAUACAUCUCCUAAGACUUUUGGGGAAUGCUAAGAAACUUUCUCUGCAGAGAUAAAAAUAAUGACACUGAGUCAUUUCCUUUGUUGCUCUUUGAAUUCCCAUAUAAAGUUAUCUACCAGGGUACCUUGCCUGGUGUAACAAGGGUGCUUGCUUAACAUGGGUCAACGCUGGUGACAUUAGUCACUAUUAAUUGCUCAAGAGCUGAGAUCAGGUAGGCAAUCACUGAGUUCAUCGAUUAAAAAAAAAGUGACUGCAGUCAUGUUAGGGAAUAAAAGGCUCUCUGGCUAAUGAAUGAUGAAAAAAAUGAUUUUAAUAGUAACAUAUACUGACCCAGAACUCUGAAACUGCCCGAGGGCAGAAGUUUAGUGUUCCUCAUUAUUUUACUUUACCCUGCAAUUAAUUGGUCAUUAUUUUUUCUUUUAUGAGUUUCUUUUUUAAAAAAAAAGAGUUUAAAAGAAUCUGACCUACUCCAAACUCUGUGCUUUUUUUGAUUGAAGAAUUUGUGGCUUGAAGCAAACCCUGCCUUUUGGAAAUGGACUUUAUCUGAAAAAGAUUUUUCUACAAUUUUUUUCUAUACUGCCAUUCACUUAGAUAGAAAAGAGAAAAGGAGCCCCUCAGAUAUUUUGGAGGAAAGGGACAAGCUUCACAAGAAACAGCACAUGCUUUCCUUUCAUUUCUGGGAGUCCCGGGGUCAACCUACAGAUGCUGCUCCUUCCGUGGCCGAUGGCAUUCAGACUCCUAGCUGCCGAAGGUGCCAGGCAACCAACUGGACAGAACAGCUCAGUUCCGGGAAGCUGGCCACAGUCUCGGCCAGAGCAGCAGCCCCCUGGCCACCGACCACCUCUGCCACCCCAUCCAGGAGACGUCCCACCUCCCUCAGCCUUGCCCGGGCCCCGCCACCGGGGCUAAAGAACUGGGAGGUGGUGGCAGCCGUGGCCGUGGUGCCUACAGCCUUGGAGCCCGUCCAGGCACAUGGAACCCUGCUUCGGGCUUCUCUGCAGCCCCUCCAGGGCCAGGGAGGGACCCAGGACAGCCUCGGCGGUGCUCACCGCUACCUCUUUCUGUCGCUGAAACCUAGGCAACGGCUCAGGAUGGAUGCCGCCCCGCCUGGGCUGAAUCUGCUGGUCAGACCGAAGGAGGUGGGGGACGGGGUGAGCGGAGCUCAAGAUAGCCAGGAGCUAAAGCAGCAGCUGCGGCCACUUCCCAGGCCAUCGGCCUCCUCCCAGCAAGAAGCGAAAUAUGUGGAGAUGUGCACUUCAGCUGGAGACCAGAGAAGCAGUGCCCGGACUAUGAGACUUACUCUGGAGCCGUGCCCGGGGAAUCAGAGGGGCUCUAGGAAUCCCAAGGAGAAAGCCCGAGACGAACCCAGCGGUCAGGAGCGCCAGGCCCCAACCCCCCAGAAGAAUCCUGCCUCCUCAGAACGCUCCAGGUCCCAGCUCUCCCGAACUGAUGAGGGCAGCAACCUCUCAUCUUCCUCCUCCUCGCCAGUGGACAAAGCAGAAGAAGGUUCCCUUUCCAAGAUGGAUGAUACCACCGCAUCCACAGGGACUCUGGCCACCUCGUCCUCAUCAUUAGGCUUUGAGAGUGACAGCGGUGAGCAUGCCGUGAGCUGCCAGCCCAGGGGAGGAGAGGAAGGGAGAAAAGCAGGAGGAGGUGGGGGAGGGGGAGCCAGAGGAGGAGGGAGAGGUGGGGGAGGAGAAGAUGCCACAGAGUGCAGAGACAUUAUUGCCAAGUCUCAGGGCCACAGGGACCCCCCAAAAAGUCAGGAGGCUCACUACAUCACCACCCACGAGAUCCAGCUGAGCGAGGUAGAGCAGGACAUGGAUUUCGACGUGGGCCUGGCCUCCCGCUGGGAUUUCGAGGACAACAACGUGAUCUACUCAUUCGUGGACUAUGCUUCCUUUGGCGGCAGCGACGAGACCCCGGGGGAUGUCACCACUCCGACCGAAGAGGACGAUGACAACAGCUGCUACCUCAGCACCACUCCCAGCACCAACGCCACCAGGACACCCAGCCCCACCAGCAGUGACCCCGCCCGCCCCGGCGCGGGCAGCAGCGGUGGCGACACCAGCAGCACGGAAGUGGGCAGCGGCCCCUCGGACAGUGACCCCACUCCCCCACCCACGGGGCCUGGCACUGCCACCCCGAGUGAGCCCUUGCCGGAGCCCCCGGAGGCAGCUUCAGGGGCAGCAGCCGCCGCAAGCAGCUGUGGGAGUGCAGCAAGCCAGAUCCUCCUAUCAAUCAAACCGACUUCCCGGGCUAUAAAUGAGCCUAGCAACGUGUGUGCAAAGCAAAACAUUAUUUAUGCUGCCAAGCAUGAAGGCGACAUGAGCCUCCGCGUCUCUACAGCUGCUGAACACAAUUCAAGUUCACUGAAGCAAGACCCGGCUGCAGCCGUGGCUCAGGACCAUGCAAAGAAAUUCAUCGCUGUCCCUGCUCGCCUGCAAACCCGGUGUGGGGCCAUCCGGGCGAAGGAGCUGGUGGACUACUCCAGCGGAGCCUCCAGUGCCGUGAGCGAGCUGGAUGAUGCCGACAAAGAGGUGCGUAACCUGACCUCCCGGGCCUUCCGGAGCCUCGCUUACCCCUACUUCGAGGCUCUGAACAUCAGCUCCCGGGAGUCCUCCUCACUCUCCGAGGUCGGCUUUGGGCGCUGGUCGACCUUCCUGGACUUAAAAUGUGGAGGCGUUGGAGCCAGGGUGGAACAGAGCCUCCUCAGGAGCAGCGCGGCCUCUGUGGCUGCAGGGCUGAGGAAGGGCAGUGGGGCCAGGACCGCCGCAGACCAGCUCUACAUCCAGUCCAAGAAGUCGCAGACCAAGGCCUUGGAGUUCGUAGUCAGCAAAGUCGAGGGGGAAAUCAAACACGUGGAGACACCUCUGUGUUUCCAGAAGCAGGUCCAGUCGGGCUCCCGCGUGGUCACCCUUCUCGAGCCUCUGAACUUACGCAGUGAAAGCAAAGCCAGCUCAGCCACCGGGCCCUGCAAGGCCACCAAAGGCCCCAGCAAGGGCCCCGGGUCGGUGUACACGGAUGAUGGCUCCGAGGCCUCAGAGAGCAGCAAGCCUGCCUCCCGCGCUGAUGGCCCCCAGAAGAAGUCCAAGUUUGCUUCCAGUCUGCUCAAAAAUGUCAUCUCCAAGAAGAUGCAGCGAGAACACGAGUUCAAAAUGGAGAGGGGGGAGGUCACCGACACAUCCCACCACAACCUGUCCAGCACGGCCAAGGAGGCAGAGGGCCCACCUCUUGGGGGCGAGAAGCCGCGAGACAGGGGCCUGCAGAGGCAGAGUUCUCGCCACUCGGAGGCUGGCUCUGAGUACACGGUGGUCAGCGUGUCUGAUGCAGGUGGGGAGGGGUCCAUGGUCGGGUCUAAAUCCCCAAUUUUCAAAGCCAGUGCCCCCCGAGAGAGCCAUGCCGGCUCCGGCCGUAAUUUCGCCGACGGACAGCCAGAAGAAGUAUGUGAGAUUAAAAAGAGUGCAUCAGAGACUGUCAAGGGCAUCUUCCUUCGUAGUCAGAACAGUGCAUUCCGGUCAUGGAAGGAGAAAGAGGCUGAGAAGCGAGAAGAAAAAGCCCCCGUUGGGAAGCUGAAACUUCCCAAAGGGGGCGACUGGAGGGCCGAUCUCGGGGAGAUCUCUGCCAGCAAAUCCACCAUCAUGUCCCGCCUCUUUGUCCCUAACAUUCAGCAGACACCCAAGGACAAGCAGCCGGGGAAGCAGGCCACCAAAUACCCUGCUGCCCAGGCCACCUCCACGGCGGUGAUCAGGCCCAAGGCUCCCGAAAUCAAGAUCCGGCUGGGGAGUGUGCAACAGCCAAGCUCGGACUUCAACAUUGCCAAGUUGCUCACGCCCAAACUGGCCAGUGGCAGCGCCUCUAACCUCUUCAAGACCAUUGAGGACAACACCAGGGCACAGCAGAAGCUCUUCCGGGGGGACAACCUGGAAAAAGUGCCCCAGUUCCAAGUGAGAGAUGUCAGGGACAAGUCCAAGGCACAAGGUCCCCUUCACCAGGUGAGAGAUGUCCGGAAACUCAUCAAAGGGUCAGGGGACAGCAGCGAUAAGGGCAGCGUUACCCCAGAGCAGGGGCUGACCGGGCCCAAACCUCGGCAGCUGGCUCCUGCAGCUGGAGGAUCUGGAUCCCUGUCCCCCAUGGUGAUUACGUGCCAGGCAGUGGUGAACCAGAGGGAAGAGAGCAUGGACCGAGAACCCCGGGAGAACGUGGGCAAGGUGGGCGGCUGCCGGGUCUUGAAUUCCUCCUCGCCAGAAGGCACAGUCUUGGUUCAUAGGGCCUCUGGCAGGCUGCCUGUGGCCACCAUUGCCCCCAAUAAGCCUGAGCAGGGCUCCUACCUCCCUGUGCUCAAGAUCGUCUCCAAGGCUCAGAAGACCCCAGAGAAGGUCAAAGAGGAGGAGGCCAAGGAGGAAGGGAAAGGCCCCCGGCCAUCCCGCAAUGCCCUGGAGAAGCUGACCGCCGCGGUGAGGUCCAUGGAAGAGCUGUACAGCUUCAACAGGAACGAGUGGAAGCGGAAAAGCGAUCCCUUGCCCCUGAUGACCGACAGCCACGUCCUGUCGCUCAUCGCCAGUGAGGAGAGGGAAGGGGCCGCGGGGGCUGAGCGGGACCCCGACAAGGUGGCCAAACGGCUGGGCGAGGCGGAAGAGCGGGGCGCGGGAAACAAAGGCGGGGUGGUCCUGCGAGGCGGCCCCGCGGAGCGUCUGCAGCGGAGAAACUCCAACCCGAGCACCGAGAGCGUGUCCGCCCGCGCGGCCGCCUUUGAGAACCUGGCCAGGGAGAGGCCCCGGUCCCUCUACAUCCCGCCCGUGCACAAGGAUGCGGACAGAGCCCAGCCCCUGCAGCCCCUGCAGCCCCUGCCCCCGCUCCCCAGCACCCGGAACGUGUUCACAGUGAGCGCCAGCAGCACCCAGAAGACCGGGGGUGUCGCUGGCAAGUUCCCGCAAGGCCCUUCUCCAGAAAGUCCCUCAGCGGCAAAGGGCAUCAAAUCGCAGGGACUGCGGUCCCUCAAGAUCUCUCCGGCCACCCGGGCACCCCUCGAAGAGGUGACCCACAGGAAAAACGGCAGCACUUUGGAAAAGAGGAACAGUGACAGUGAGAACUACCUGACCAUCCCUCUUAAGGGAAGCUCUGCAGCUGGGGAGCUCGCGGGCAGGCCUGGGGCUGGCAGGGAGGGGCCCCCAGCCUCCUCGGCGGCCACUCUCUGCAGCUUGCCCCCCCUGAGUGCCCGCAGCCAGGUCCCCAGUAGCCCCAAAGGCUCUCAGGUCAGUGGAACCAGCCGGCCGGCUUGGCGCACCAAACCUGAUAACCCCCGGGAGACGGUAGCUGCCCCCACGGGGCCACAGAGCCCCGAGCACCCCCCCACAGCCAUCUACCACCAGCAGCCACUGCCCUUCACCCUGCAGGGGGCCCAGCCCCAGGUCCUCUGCUUCUCCCCGCCAGGCAUGCCUGCCCCGGCCCCGGCAGGCCCAGCUGCGGUUCCCACGGACCCCUUCCAGCAGCCACAGCCUCAGCAGACCCAGCGCAAGAUGCUCCUGGACGUGACGACUGGCCAGUACUAUCUGGUGGACACACCAGUGCAGCCCAUUACCCGGAGACUGUUUGACCCCGAGACAGGGCAGUAUGUGGAUGUGCCCAUGACCUCCCAGCAGCAGGCUUUGGCUCCCAUGUCCCUCCCUGUGCCUCCCCUGGCCCUGAGUCCGGGGGCCUACGGACCCACCUACAUGAUCUACCCCGGGUUUCUGCCCACGGUGCUGCCCGCCAACGCCCUGCAGCCCACACCAAUUGCUCACACUCCGGGGGGCGGUGAGCUCUCGCCCAUGGCAGCAGAGCCCCCCAGCAAAGAGGCAGCUGCCCCGUUUCCUGAGGCCCCCUACUUCAUGGCCUCUGGUCAGUCUCCCGCCUCCUCUUCCUCCUCUGCUCCAGCAGCCACAUCCCAGCUGGUGGGGGCCAAGGGCUUCGCUCAGCUGCACGGUAAGCCUGUCAUCAGCAUCACUUCGCAGCCCCUGGGGCCGAGGAUCAUUGCCCCCCCCUCCUUUGACGGCACCACCAUGAGCUUCGUGGUGGAACACAGAUGAUGAGCGGUCACCAGAAAGCAGAAGGGAGCGGCUGCUGGAACAAGACGGAAAGAUGGACAAAACUUUUUAAAUCUGAAGGCUGCAUUGUAACAUCACUAAGAAUCCAUUUGAAAAACUUCCUCUACCUGUGUUAUUCAUAGUUUUUGCUUCUUAUAAACCAAGUGUGUAAGUUUCUAUAUUUUUCUGAAUAACUCUGUUAAGACAGUUUGUGUUAUUUUAGUUUCACUAAGCUGAUUGAAUGGGUGCAUUAUUUUUUUUUCCUGUGUAAAACGAUUUCUUUUUAUACUUUAAUACAGGAUAUAAGCUUUCUAUUCAUCUUCCCCUCCUGCAUUUGCGACUAAGCAAACAAUCUCUUAAGCAUUCUCAUAGUUCAGCCAACAUAUACAACAGAAUAGGAUGGGUUCUAUUGUAAACCAAAGCAGCAAAUCAGUAAUUUGGAUCACAGAUCUCCCUAUAAAUUCUUGGAAUAUAUCAGGACUAGCUGGCAGAGCUGUAGCAUUUGUUUGGAUUUAAAUAUGGUGGGUCUGCAUUGUGAAUCCUACACCAGCCAAGCCUAGUCGUUCUCUUGGUUAUGUUUUACAUGCUCUUUUAUUGGGUUUCGCAUGAUUUCAAAUGUGAUUGUGAAAAACAGUGGUUUUAACCUGUGUGCCUAGUUUUAAUUUUCCCAUUUGUUCAAUGCCAUGACACUAUUUGUUGCCUUCACAUAAAAUGGCUUGAAUUACUGGAGAGCCAGUGGUUGCAUUUAAAAUUAAGUUCAUUUCAAAAAGGUAUCAAACUUCUUUUGCCCUCUAGGAAUCCGACUUUUGCUAUGAGGGGAGAGCAUUAUUUUUCUUCUUCAGUGAUUUCCUCCGUAGUUGCAUAUUCCCAUCCCUCACGAAUUGUUUGGAGUCUGAAGAAUGACCUGUUUGGGGCAGUGAGGUAGAAUGUAAACUCUUGAUUUCCCUCCAGCUCUAGCCAUACCAAUAGCAAUGACCAAGGAUGACAUUAUUUGCUCCUUAUGGUUUUAAGACACGUCAGAUCUUUCAUCAACAGUCAGUACUGCCUCAGUUGUAGCCCAGUUCUAAAGGUUAUUUUAGUGAGUGUUCCUGGUGAGUUUUGAAGAGCUGAUUGAACAGAUGAAUAUUCAGCGCAUCAUAAUUAAUAAGUGAGUCAAUAUAUAUUCAACACGUGUUACGUUGGAAUAUUUUUUACUUUUUAAAAGAAUAACUUGAAGUUUCUCCCAGGUUGUUUUUUGGUUUUUGUUUUUUUUAGGAAUCACCUUUUACCUAUUCAAUGAUAAAGCAUUCUGGUAAUUUUCUAAGCAUUAUUUUGAUUUUAAUGAUCAUCAAUAUUGGUUUCUGCUUAAAACUGCUUCUGGAAACCAUGGAAUUUUAUACUAUUCAAGACUGAAGUGUGCAUGAAAAAUUAUAAGACUUAUUUUUGUAUGAUUUAUGUCAUCUCAUUACUUUGUAGUUAUGCUUUCCAUCUCAGUUGGACUCUUUAAAUAAAACUCAAUUUCAUACAGAGGGCCUUCCUUAAAGGGGUCUUACUCUGAAAGUUCUGAUGAGUAAAAGGAGGGGUUUGAGGCAGGAAUAGUCAGCUCUGAUCACAAUUCAGUCGGUCAUUGGGCUAAUGAGCUAUGAAAUGACUCCCAUAGGAGACGUGGAACAUGAAAUAUGAAACAGUCUCUGUUUGGAAAAGAUGUGCUUGGGGAAGGUGUCAUUCCUCUGGUCUUCCUACCCAAGCACAUCAGCAUAUUCACCCCAGAACUUACUUAAUUUUUCACCACUGGGAAGCAUCUCCUACGGCAUCAGCCCUUCCUCAUUUUCAGUAGAGAUGGGCUGGGCAUGAGGUCACUUAAUAUUGAAACAAGAAAGCAGAAUAUAUCAAAGAUCUCAAACUGAUGAUACACAAAGCAGCACCAUGAAGUCUCCAGUGUUUGAACACAUCUGGUGACACGUUAGAUAGGAUUUGGUGGGUAGAACCAGAAUUGAUAAGACCGUUAAAACCACAUGUGACUUUUUUUAGGAAAAUCCAGGGCUCGUGUGGCAUCGUCAGCUGCUUGUCCCGUCUUCAAAAAGAGGCAUCUCCCUUCCUAGAACAUGUGUAGAGGUCUUAUCGACCCAAGGGUCUGGAGGUCCCAUAAGUUCUUUAUCGUUAUUUAUCAGCGGCAGAUCUGAGCCUUAAAUUCUCACAUUGCGGUAGAGUAGGACAGAAACGAGGAAAGAAAGGAGAACUCUUCAUUUGUCAGUCGUUUCAGAAGGUCCAUGUUCUCUGAGAAGCUGCUAUGGAUGUAGUACACGUCCAAUUGUUACAAAUGGACCUUUCAAAUGAUAUUCUGUGGACACCAUAUCAUUUUAUGUUUCGCUAUUUCUUCAAACCAUGAAAAAACAAAAUCAAAGCUGCCGGGCCAUUUUACUACCUCAAGUGAGAGGGAGGAACAUUUUUAAAGACAUGAGGUAAAUCUAAAUCCCCAUUUUCAAUGUUUUAUCUUGAGGCUGCAUUUGAUAUCAGAAUGAAGUAGUCGUGCCUUUCCCUUCUCAACCAAACUAAAGAGGAGUGAAGCAAGAAUCUAUGAAGUCCUCUGACCCAUAAGAUCAUUGCUUUAACAGUGUCCUUUCAGCUAUGGAAUGACCCUUUUAUAGUUUGUGUACACAAAACCAAUAAUCAAGCAUGCAGCAGUUCCUAAUUAGUGCCCGGAGCUUGACUCUAAUUAGAACUGCAGAGUCUGGCUUUUGUCAUUUGCUUUCAGGGUUACAUGUAUGAGUUAGUUUUCCAGAGGAACCAUAGGGCAUUGUGUAUAUAAAUCUUAACCCAUUUCCUCAUUUUCCCUGUUGGUUAAAUGGUCAAGCUGAAGUAUGCUCCAUUUGAACUGCUUUCUGGAAAACCGAACACAUAUGCAACUAGUAUGAAGAUUUAAUUUACCAGAAUGUAUUUUCUGAAAAAACCCUCCCUGAAAAGUGCCCUUACAAUGAAAUGAAGCCCAAAUAUGCAGUUAGUGACUUAACAUAUAGGUUCUCUGUAUGUCUGUCUGUGUCUAAGUUUGUAUGUAUAUGGCUCUCUGGAUAUCAUUGAAUGAAUAAGCUAAAACAAAUUAUCCUUUGACAUCUUUAUAAUAAAUCUUAAAUGUUAACAUGUCUUUCAAAUUCAUCCGUAUAUCACUGGGAGAUAUCUAGCGAUAUGUAUUUCUUGUUCUUAAUUUUGGAUUUGACUUCAUCAUUCUUGCCUCUUAAAGAAAUUUAAUGCAAUUUAAUUAUGUUUCAUAUUUCAUAGCAAUGAAAGUCUGUGUUUGCUACAAAUUGAAUGCUCAUGCUACCUGAAAAAUACUUUGGACUGCAGGACAGUGUUGAUUCUUAAGUAGAGUGAUGAUAACUUCAUAAUAAGUUUAUAUAUAUGUGCAUGAGAAAACACAUUCAAUCAUAGUCUCUGUGUUUAAAAACUAUCACGGUAUACAUUUUCCUAUGUGGUGCUUGAGGAGGUUCAUUCUACAGUUUACAAGGUGUAGGUUUGCACCCCAAAUUCUCAGGGUAUGCUAUUUUACCCAAAUACUUGAAAGAAAAAGGUGCCCUGUAUUUUAUCAGUACUGUUGAGGUGGAAAAUUCUGUGUAGGUUUGUUGUAGAAAAACUACUUCUAAAAAUCAAAUUCACAAAAUAUGUUAGGCUUUGACAUAAUUCCUAAGGAGAUAUAGAUAUGAUAUAUAUUUGCAAGAGACUUUCUAUAUUCUUAACUAACUUCUGGGUCCUAAGUAGACCUCACAGGUGCAUAAAAUCAUUAACAAAGCAUGUAGCAUUUGCUAAAUCAUACCUUGAGCUUGAACCUAAUCGGAAUUGCAGACUCUGGUCUUCUGGGGAAACACAAAAACAUGUCCAUCUGUGGCACAUGUGUUAUAAGACCCAGGGAAGGAUUCUGGAAAUUGGACUCAUUUGGAUGCCCCGGGUCUCAGAAGAGAACUGAACAUUCUCAGUAGCAAUCGUAAGCUCUUCACAUCUUGUUUCAUGUUGCAACUAGAGCAUAUUAUUGGUGGUAUUCCUAUUUGAUUAAUAAUGGUGCAGAAUAAAACACACUCAGACAAUACAUUGAAUUUUAUUUCAUUUUUUAAGUUGCGCAAUGGCUUUUUACAAGCUAGUGUUAAUGGCAGAAAGUCCUUUCCAGGGCUCCCUGAAAUUACCCAUCAUCCUUGUAUCCUUUUUCUAGCAGGUGGUCCUUUCUUUUUCUUCCCCUUUGAAGAUGUAGGUUUCUAUAUUGACGUUGAAAUCAUCUUAUUGUACAGUUAAGACAGUGGUGGUUGGAAAGAAUGUGAAGACUGAGGAAGUUAUGUCCCAAUCAGAGGAGAGUAAAUUGUGUGGUAAAUGGAGAAAGACAUUGGACAAGGUUGACUUAUACCCCUGGCUAUGAAAAAAGCCAGUGGGAAAUGGAAAGAACAUGAACAUUUAAGCUGCUCUCAAGACAGACAUCCCGGUGGAAGAGUUCCUACCCGAGGUCUGGUGUGACUCAGUUACGGAAUGCAGUGAGCAUGGCCAGUGGGAUUGUGAAUCCAGCCCAACAGCUCCGAGAAUCACUUUGUCAGUGUGUGGCACAUGGAGAAAACGAAGACAAGGACUCUGUGAGACUAGCCUACGUCCCUUUAAUUGCCAGCAUUUGUAAGUGAUUGUGCAAUCUUGUGUAAUGGUCUUUUAUUUUGACUCUCUUGAAAAAAAGAAAUGUUGUGUUGUUGUUGGUUUGUUUGUUUUUUUUUUUCCAGUAAAAGUAAAUGCAAAGAAAACAUG